GCUGCGGCCAGACUCACCCACCUUACUAAACCGUUCCAUAUCUGCCACCCCUCUCUGCCAAUCCCUCCACUGGCCACCACUCAGUGUCCUCCACCCCUCUCUGCCAAUCCCUCCACUGGCCUCCACUCAGUGUCCUCCACCCCUCUCUGCCAAUCCCUCCACUGGCCUCCACUCUCCUGUCCUCCAUCCCUCUCUGCCAAUCCCUCGACUGGCCUCCUCUCAGUGCUCCUCCACCCUCUCUGCCAAUCCCUCCACUGGCCUCCACUCAUGUGUCCUCCACCCCUCUCUGCCAAUCCCUCCACUGGCCUCCACUCAGUGUCCUCCACCCCUCUCUGCCAAUCCCACCACUGGCCUCCAUUUCAGUGUCCUCCAUCCCUCCCUGCCAAUCCCUCCACU